AUGGCCGGAGAGGAUUUCACCGUCGACCCCAGGAUGAUGCACGUCCAGCCUCGCAUCCGCUACAACACCAUUGGCGGUAUCAACGGUCCCCUGGUCAUUCUGGACAAUGUCAAGUUCCCUAGAUUCAACGAGAUUGUCUCGCUCACCUUGCCCGAUGGCACCGAGAGAUCUGGUCAGGUCCUCGAAGCUCGCGGCAACCGUGCCGUCGUCCAGGUCUUCGAGGGAACUUCUGGUAUCGAUGUCAAGAAGGUGCGGCGAACCAAUCAACAAUCCAGGAUUCAAGCAGUCGUGCUGAUGUCUAGUAGNACCAAAGUCGAGUUCAGCGGCCACUCGCUCAAGCUCGGUGUGUCCGAGGACAUGCUGGGUCGUGUCUUCGACGGUUCCGGUCGCGCCAUCGACAAGGGCCCCAAGGUUCUGGCCGAGGACUACCUCGACAUUAACGGUCAACCCAUCAACCCCUACUCAAGAGAAUACCCCGAGGAGAUGAUCUCGACUGGUAUCUCGACCAUUGAUACCAUGAACUCGAUCGCCCGUGGUCAGAAGAUUCCCAUCUUCUCUGCCGCUGGUCUGCCCCACAACGAAAUCGCUGCCCAGAUUUGUAGACAGGCCAGUUUGGUCAAGCCCACUAAGGGUGUCCACGAUGACCACGAGGACAACUUCUCCAUCGUCUUCGGUGCCAUGGGUGUCAACUUGGAAACCAGUAGAUUCUUCACUCGCGAUUUCGAGGAGAACGGCAGUAUGGAGAGAGUUACCCUGUUCUUGAACUUGGCAAACGACCCUACGUACGUCCAUCUUAUCGUCUAUCUUCUGCACAGACUACUGACAUUCUACCAGNNUAUCGAACGUAUCAUCACUCCUCGUCUUGCCCUCACCACCGCCGAAUACUACGCCUACCAGCUCGAGAAGCACGUCUUGGUCAUUCUUACCGACCUUUCGUCUUACUGUGACGCUCUUCGUGAGGUUUCGGCCGCCAGAGAAGAAGUCCCUGGUCGUCGUGGUUACCCCGGUUACAUGUACACUGAUUUGUCCACCAUCUACGAGCGCGCUGGUCGUGUUGCUGGCAGAAACGGAUCCAUUACUCAGAUCCCCAUUUUGACCAUGCCCAACGAUGAUAUCACCCACCCUAUCCCCGAUUUGACUGGUUACAUUACCGAGGGUCAGAUCUUCAUUGACCGUCAGCUUUACAACAAGGGUAUCUACCCUCCGAUCAACGUGCUUCCUUCGCUCUCGCGUCUCAUGAAGUCUGCUAUUGGUGAGGGUAUGACCCGUAAGGAUCACUCGGAUGUUUCCAACCAGCUGUACGCCAAGUACGCCAUUGGUCGUGACGCAGCCGCCAUGAAGGCAGUUGUUGGUGAGGAGGCCUUGUCAAGCGAGGACAAGCUUUCGCUCGAAUUCCUGGACAAGUUUGAGAAGACUUUCAUCAACCAGGGUGCAUACGAGAAGCGCAGCAUUUUCGAGUCGCUCGACACUGCAUGGGAGUUGCUCCGCAUCUAUCCCAAGGAGCUUCUGAACCGUAUCCCCAAGAAGACCUUGGACGAGUGGUACACACGCCGUCCUUCAGACAAGACGGCCAACAAGGACACUCGCGACAACCAGGACAGACAACAAGAGAGCGAGAACCUGAUUGACGCAUAA